AUCAACUCUGCCGCUCGAAGAAUAAUCCGCUCAGUUAGCAACUUUGACCUCUUGCGAGCUGUACUGCGAUCAUGAUCAUCCAAUCAAAACAACGUGCUGCUGUAGGAAUCACAGGUAUCGCUCCUGAUUCUCACUGAAGGACCAUAUAUGGAUGGGAGUGCUCGUUCUUAGAUGGCUAAACGGGAUAAAAGCGGGGAGCUAUCUCUCUUGAUAAACCGUCGAGAAGUCCCCCCAGUCUUUCUUACAGGCAAGCAUGUCGACUCCAGCCCCUUUUUCGAUCUCCACGCCCUCUGUUCACUCCAGCGGGGAUUCCAAGGACUUGAAGGAUGGCGGUAUCACCGAUGUUGUCGUCGCCGAGCUAGGAAAGAUCGAAAAGAAGGAUCUUGAUCUUCCAGCCAAGAAGGGAGCCUCCAGGCUCACUCGCUGGCUUCACUAUACCGCGUUUACGUACUACCGCAAGACGUUCGCCACGAUAUUCAUCGCGAACAUGGCAGCAUUCAUUGGUUUGAUGGUUCGUAAGGACGGCCGGCCACUUGCUCCCGACGUGGGUAGCGCUGCUUCUGUCAACCUAAUGGUCACGCUGCUCUUCCGCCAAGAGAACUUUGUGAAUCUUCUGUACGAGAUCGCUGUCGCUUGCCCUCAGAGCGCCCCUCUCUGGCUCCGAAGCCGGCUCGCAAAGGUUUUCCACUACGGCGGGGGCCACAGCGGCUCGGGCACAGCGGCUGUCGUGUGGUACGCGCUCUACACUGGGCUGACGACCAAGGACUACCUGGCGCGGCCGUCCAACUGGGGACUGGCGAAUGUGAUCACGUCGUACAUCCUGAUCACCAUGUUUGUCUGCAUUCUUGCGUCGGCCCAUCCGAUCCUCCGACGCAGGUAUCACGACCACUUCGAGGCAGUGCAUCGUUAUUCUGGCUGGGUUGCAUUGAUGACCUUCUGGAUGCACAGCUUUUUUGCUGGCAACCAGUACCGCGCCUACAUGGACUUUCCGCCGUCGCUCGGACGCUACAUCAUCAACACACCCAACUUCUGGACGUUGUGCGUCUCGACGAGCUGCUCGCUUCUAUCCUGGGGUCGUCUGCGCCACAUCAAGGUCUACCCCGAAGUGCUCUCGAGCCACGCCACGCGUUUGCAUUUCAAGUACCGUGACAUGCAGCCAUUCUACGGUCUGAAAAUCUCGACGAAGCCCCUCCUCGAGUGGCACGCCUUCGCGACGAUCCCAGACGACAACGGGGCCGGGUCCAAGGGUUUCUCCGUCGUCGUGUCGAACGCCGGCGACUGGACGAGCGAGAUGAUCCGCAACCCGCCUGAGAAGCUCUGGGUCCGUGGCGCACCCAUGCACGGGCUCCUCUACACAUCCAACCUGUUCAAGAAGAUCGUCGUGGUCGCUACGGGGUCGGGCAUCGGGCCGUGCCUCUCGUUGUUCUACGCGAACGUGACCCCACGACGCAUCUUCUGGUCGACACCCGCACCGCUUGUCACGUAUGGCGAGGGCGUCGUCGGCGCGGUCAGGAAGGCUGAUCCCAACGCGUGGAUCUGGGACACGCGCACGGAAGGCCGGCCAGACAUGGUCGCAGUGACGUACCAGCUCGUUGUCGAGGCCCAGGCCAAAGCCGUCUUCAUCAUAUCGAACCCCAAGCUCACCCAGCGCGUCGUGUAUGCUAUGGAAAGCAGGGGGAUCGCAGCUUAUGGCGCCAUCUUCGACUCUUGA